AGCAGAAGAAUAUCAGAUCAGUGGAGAAAUAAAAAUAGCUCAGAUAUGAGUGAUCUCCCCGGCUGAAUUUAUCCUGUUAUGUAAGACACUGUGCAGAGAUCAGAGUGGUGAGGAAUGGCGGUGUGAAGGUCGGCGGGGUGUGUGGUGUGAUGACUGCAGCAGCAGUGAUUUUACAGUAGUUUUAUACUGAGUGAGAGAGUAGAGUGAGUGAGUGUCUGUAGCCUGGAGCCGAGUCUAAAACACUGAAUAGUUAUGGCUGAUAGGAGCACGGAGGUGCUUUAAAACUCCGGCUAAACUAAACUACAGUAUUCCCGGAUGUACGGCUAGUCUACGGAGCUGAACUGUUUUUUGACUUUACCGUUCCACCUUAAAUAGUACAGCAGCGCCUUUGCAGUACCUGGAGCCGCCAGAGAGAAACUGCAGUGGUAUUUAAGGUGGAACGGGGAAUUCCGGCAGCUAAGUGUUCACUCCAGCCUCGUGGCUAGUGUUUGGGUAUUUUCCGUUCAUACACUUUCUGUUAGACUGCGGGGUCCUCUCUGUUCUUUACUCUCUCGUUUCACUGUGAACAUGGAGGUUUUACUGUCUCCUACGGUCUCAGCCGCCAUGUCCAGAUGUUGUUGGCGGCGUCCGCGCUGCUGCUGCUAAUCCGGCGGAUAGUAUCUCUGCAGCUCCACUGAAGCGCAGAGAUUAACUCUAGAGACGCUCAGAUUCAGAUUCGGCCCCGCCGCCAUGCAGCUGCUCCGCCGCCGCCGCGCCGUCCUCCUCCUGCUCCUCUCUCUGCUCCUGGCGGACUGCUCGGAGGAACCUCCGCGGGACGGACAGUACGAUCACCUCAGCGCCAUCCUGACAAAUUUUGAUGUGCUGAACCUGUCCAGCCUACAGCAGCACUCUGUCCGUAAGCGAGAUGUGGAAACACACACACAUGCGGAGAGACUGCUCAGCUUCACUGCCUUACAGAAGCACUUCAGACUUUAUCUUGCGACCAACACUGAACUUUUCACAGAUGACUUCAAUACUCUGGUCAUUGGGGAGGAUGGCACACAUGAAGUUUAUGAGGUCCAGAGAGAGAACUUCUUCACGGGCCACGUCAUUGGUGAGGAAAACUCGCGUGUGCAGGCUCACAUCAAUAACAAUGACUUCACUGCCCACAUCCUGACUGAUGAAGCCGAGUACAAUAUAGAGCCUAUGUGGAGGUUUAUUGAGGGACCGCAAGAUGACCGUUUGCUGGUGUACCGCUCAGAGGACAUCCGGAAUGUGAGCCGGCUAGCUGCUCCUAAAGUGUGUGGUUACAUCAAUGCAGAGGCAACUCAGCUCCUACCCGAUGGUGUCCGUGCAGGCACAGCACUGGAAGAAGAAGAGGAAGAAGAAGAAGUGGAAAGGCACCUGAGAGAGAAAAGGCAGGUAGUGGAUCACAGUAAGAACACCUGCCCCCUGCUGCUGGUGGCAGACUAUCGCUUCUUCAGAAACAUGGGUCGCAGAGAGGAGAGCACCACCAUCAACUACUUAAUCGAACUAAUUGACCGAGUGGAUGACAUCUAUAGAAACACGUCUUGGGACGAGGAGUUCAAGGGCUACGGUGUUCAGAUCCAGCAGAUUAUAGUAAACAAAGAUCCCACUCCAGUGGAACCAGGAAAGGCUCACUUCAACAUGAAGGGAAGUCCAACAAAAGAUGUGUGGGAUGUGAAAAAACUGCUGGAGCAAUUCAGCAUUGACAUUGCUGCCAACGCUUCCAAAGUGUGCCUGGCUCACCUGUUCACAUACCAGGACUUUGAUGAGGGCACACUGGGACUUGCCUACGUCGCUCCAGCUAAAGAUGGUGCCCCUGGAGGCCUCUGCUCUAAGGAGUGUCCUCAGUCAUCAAGUGACCGCCAAGCCAUUUACCUGAACACAGGUUUAACCAGCACCAAGAAUUAUGGGAAAACUAUUCUGACUAAAGAAGCUGAUUUGGUAACAACUCAUGAACUUGGGCACAACUUUGGGGCUGUCCACGACCCAGAUGAUGUUCCAUACUGUGCCCCCAGUGAGGACCAAGGGGGUAAAUACGUCAUGUACCCUAUCGCUGUGAGUGGAGAUCACUCCAAUAAUAAGCUGUUUUCCAACUGCAGUAAGAUCUCCAUAGUGAAAAGGCUGAGGCACAAGGGUCCGUCCUGUUUUAAGGAGCGGAACAGUAAAGUGUGUGGGAAUUCACGGGUGGAAGAGGGUGAGGAGUGUGACCCUGGGCUGCUCCACCUCAGCACAGACCCGUGCUGCACCGCUGACUGCAAGCUGCGCCCAGGAAAGCUGUGCAGUGACAGGAACAGUGCGUGCUGCAAAAACUGCGUGUAUGAAAAGAAGGGUAAGCAGUGCCAGGAGCAGAUCAAUGCCACCUGUAAGGGGGAAUCGUACUGCACAGGUACAAGUAGUAAAUGCCCACCUCCAGAGAACCUCCUUGACAAGACCACCUGUGUGGACAGUGGUCAAUGUAUGAAUGGCGUGUGUAUACCAUUCUGCGAGGCUUUUUUGAAACUACAGUCUUGUGCCUGCAAUGAGACUGAUAACUCUUGUAAGGUGUGCUGCCGCAACAGAGCAGGAGCAUGCUCUCCUUACCAAGACGAUCGCGGUAAAUUCCUCUACCUCCGGAAAGGGAAACCCUGCACCGUGGGCUUCUGUGAUGGAGGCGGUAAAUGCAUGAAACAGGUGCAGGAUGUGAUUGAAAGGUUGUGGGACUUCAUUGACAAGCUAAACAUCAACACUUUUGGAAAGUUCCUGGCUGAUAAUAUAGUGGGGUCAGUGGUGGCCUUUUCUCUGGUCUUCUGGAUCCCUCUCAGUAUUUUGGUGCACUGCAUGGACAAGAAGCUUGACCAGCAGUAUGAACUGAAUACUAGAUCACUCUUUUACCCAAGUAAUGCAGAGUUGCUGAGCAGUCUGGAGUCGGCCUCGGUGCGCAUCUUCAAGCCUCCCUCUGCCUCGGCUCUCUCCGCUGUUCCUCGCUUUCAGCCUACUGGUCCACUACAAACCAGCACCCCUCCCGUCCAGCUGCCUGCCCCCAACCUGACCCCUACUGCCCCAAUCCUGCUGCCCAACAUGGAGCCGCUCCGCAUGGCCACCAUCCAGGAGGACGCCAGCUACGACUCUCACCUGGACGAACAGGCACUGGCGGAGGAGUUCCCCAGCCCCAGCUCGGGUGCACGCUCUUUUGAGGACCUGACCAGCCCAGAGAAGGUUUUGUCUUAUAGAAUGACGAGACACCGGGGCAGCAAGGAGACUGAGUGCUGAAUUUGUCAAACGCCAUGUUUGGUCCGGCCAAAAAUGGACAAAAUUUUUCACUUCCCCUAAAUGUAUUUGAUCAAGCAAUACAUGUUUGGUGUAAAAAGUCUGCUUCUUAAAUUUUGCACUGCAUCAGUUAGCAAUGUGUAAACUGCAGGUCUAAAUAAUCACUCUCGUCUCAAAACAGGUCAAGUCCUUAUGACAAGUCUGUAUGACAAUCUGUAAUGUGUAAAAAGGGACAAAUGGAAAAGCUGUGUGAGAGUGAACGUAUUAAAGCUGGAGGAGAAACAGAACCAGCAGUGCUUGCAUAAGUAAAGCGUAGGCUGGUGGUUAUGUAAGGCCAUUACAGUCUAUAGUAUGCUCCUGGAAUUCUACACGAGCGUACUGUAGAGUUUAAUGCUCAUAUUUAUGUAAUGUUCAGUUUAAUGCAAAAUAUUAAUGAAUAGUAGAAAAUAGAAGGAGCUAUAUUUUGAAUUUAGUGCAGGGAUUCCUAACCUUUUUCACUGUGCAACUCACACUCCUUUUACAGAAACAGAUGAUUGCCAGUACUUCUUUCUAAAAUUGCAAGAUAAUAAUAGUUAAUAAUAGUCGAGGGGAAGAGUCAUAGAGCCAGUCUGAUUCAGCGAAAAGACAUUCCUGGAUAAUAUCCGGAUAAUGUCAGAUUCUCUGCACAUUUUGCAGAAGAAACACCCCCAGGGGCUGUCAGGACCGCAUUGAGGUGACGUUCCCCAGGUUAGGAACCCCUAAUCUAGGGAUAAUCACUGCGCACACUAGAUCAUACCAGAUCCACGCACAUUUGACCCAGCUUUAUUGUUAUUAAGGCUAAUAAAAGUAAUCACGUUUACAGGUCUGUUCAUCCGUUGGGAUCUGAACAGGCAUCCAGCAUAGGGAGUCUUUUACUGUGGAGAGCAUUUAGCUCAAUUGUACUUUUAGUACUUUUGUAUGCGUAUUUACUAAUGCAGUGUUGGGAAUUUUUAUGUGUAUGUAUGUUGGGCCACACUCCAGACUUUGUUGGUACCUUCUAGCUUUUCUACAAAGACUAAAUGUUUCGCCAAAUAUCAGCAGUGUUAAGGCCAAAAUUUUGUUUUCAGUUCAGGUUAAGAUUAGAGUUAGUGGGAGCGGUUAUUAGUUCAGCCCCUGUCGGUUCUGGACCUUUUCCUGGAGAGCUUUAAUAAAAAUAAUCUUGUUCCAUUAGACAGUAAAUAAACGUUUUAAACUGAUAAUCAACACCAUUGGGAGUGUAAAAAUAUAUAUAUAUUUUUACAGAUUUACAGAUUAUUUUGACCUUGAGCUUUUAAGGAAGAAUAUGGUAUUAGUGGGAGAUAUAACAGUAUUCUUAGGUUCAGUGGUGUACCUGUGCGUACAACAGGUAUUUGGGAUCUUUAUGUUCAACAGUAAUUUUAAACCCACCAGCAUUUUCUCUCUUUUCUUAUCAUUUGUAAGUUUUCUUUUUUUUUUAUUAUUGCAAGACAAUCGUAUACAUUUCUUCAUUCAGGUUUAAGGAGUUGGGAUUAAUAACUACACAAAGACCUGCGUGAAUGGAUAACCUGGCUAUUUGCCAUUUGAAAAUACCACUAUCAGCAACUACUGUCAAGAAACAGCUUUAUUCAGGAAGAGUUUUGAUGCAGUUUUAAACAAUGUACUGAAACAGGACAGCGAAGUGCCUUUUUGUAUACAUAUAUAGUGUUUUAUUCUUAUGCUGCCUGUUUUGUGUGAAUAUUUUUUAUCUUUAGGACUUUUUUUCUUUACACCUGGUCACUUCAUGUGUCUUCAGUAUCAUGAUCAUAUUUAAAUAAAGCCAAACCAAGUAAAAUAGCAAACAGACGUACAAUUCCCAUCACUCAAACCACUUCAGAAGGUGGUUGGAGAUGAUUUUGAGCUGUGGUAGCAGUGUAAACAUUUCUAUUCACCAACCAAAACCCCGCCCAGUACAACUAAAACACCAUAAUUGCAGGACAAAAAGCAAAAAUUGUAAUAAUUGCAGUACAAAAAGCCAAUUUGCAUAUUCCAUUCCAUACAGCAACUGAACUGAUGGUCUGACUGAUGCAUGUGAAUAAAACAGGACACAAUCCUGGUAUACAUCACAUGAAGUGACCAGAAGUAAACAGGUACUAAAUGUUCUAAAAGCACCAUCCAAUCUCUAGCAGUAGAAUCAACAUGGACAUAUCCACAUUACCCAGAUCUUUGUGAUGUACUUGAAUGUAGUAGAUAUAAAUGGGCAUCGUUCUGUGUUCAAGUUAAACCAUUUCUUAACCAUUUCUGUUUCUGAAACACUGUUAGGCUGUGGUUUUAGUGCAUUUCUUUGUGUUUUGUUUGUGAUCUUAUUCUGAUGUGAUGAAUAAUGUUUGGGUGACUGGGGUAUUAAGACUGUACGCAAUAAUGUACAAGUUUGAAUGAAUUAACAUCUCUUUAACUGGGAUGGUGUUUUAUUUCUAAUAAUAAAUCAGAUUUACUCUGAA